AUGUUUGGCAUCAGUUGCGCUCCCGAGCUAUUCCAGAAAAUUAUAGAACAAGUCUUGAGUGGUUGCGAGGGUUGCGUAAACUUCAUCGACGAUAUAAUUGUUUACGGAUCUGAUAGACAAGAACACGAUAUACGUUUGGAAAAGGUAUGUCGCAAACUACGAGAGAUGAAUGUUAAGCUCAACGAUGCCAAAUGCUUGUACGGAGUAUCUGAGUUGAAGUUUUUAGGGCAUAUUUUGUCUUCAAAUGGAAUUAGACCCGCCACAGAUAAAUUGGAAUCAAUCCGUAACUUUCGCGAGCCUUGUUCGAAAGAAGAAAUUCGAAGCUUCUUGGGCUUAGUCAAUUAUGUCGGCAAGUUUAUACCGAAUUUAGCGACCCUGACCGAUCCGCUUCGCCAAUUGACUAAGCAACAGAAGUUUGUUUGGAACCGGGAACAUCAGAAAGCUUUUGAUGAUCUGAAACUUUCCAUGGUAAAUCCUACAACUUUAGGUUACUUCGACGUUGAUGAUCGUACUCAACUGAUCGCUGACGCAAGCCCUAUUGGUCUUGGCGCCGUCCUUAUACAGAUUAACAGCCGAGGCCCAAGAAUUAUCUCAUACGCCAGCCGAAGUUUGACAGACGUUGAAAAGCGAUAUGCUCAAAUAGAAAAAGAAGCCCUCGCAUUAGUCUGGGCCGUUGAGCGGUUUCAUUUCUAUUUAUAUGGUCGUUCAUUUGAAUUGAUCACUGACCAUAAACCAUUGGAAACAAUCUUCGGACCACGAUCGAAACCCUGUGCGAGGAUUGAGAGAUGGGUGGUCCGGUUGCAAGCGUAUAAAGUAACAGUCAUUUAUCGGCCAGGCAAAUCCAACAUAGCAGACCCUCUAUCAAGGUUGGCAGUGACAUCUAAAGUGGACGGUAAGGCUUUGGAUGAAUAUACGGAACAUUACGUACAUUGGGUGGCUUUAAAUGCUGCUCCAGUCGCUCUGAAAAUGAUAGAUAUUGAGCAAGAGUCGGAAAUGGAUACCUCAAUCGGAGCCGUCAGAACUGCUUUGCAAGAUGGCGUAUGGAGUGACGAUGCAGCUCCAUACAAACUGUUUGAGACUGAACUAUGCUUCGCUGGAAAAAUUUUAUUGCGCGGAACACGAAUGGUCAUACCGCAGAGUUUGAGAAGGCGAACACUUGACCUGGCGCAUGAAGGUCAUCCGGGCAUCUCAUUAAUGAAGCAGCGACUGCGAGCAAAGGUAUGGUGGCCAAAACUAGAUGCACAGGUUGAAGCAUACGUCAAAAACUGCCGAGGGUGUAUUCUAGUAGCGACCCCUGCUGCUCCUGAACCGAUGAAGCGUAGAGAGCUUCCAUCUGCGCCCUGGCAGCAUUUGGCAAUCGAUUAUCUGGGCCCACUGCCAUCUGGUCAUUAUUUGUUGGUGGUGGUUGAUUACUUCAGCCGUUAUAUUGAAAUUGAGGUCAUGAAGAAAACAGAUUCUGCUGAGACCAUCAAGCGAUUGGAUCCCAUGUUUGCUCGUUUCGGUAAUCCAUUUUCCAUCACAGCUGACAACGGUCGACAAUUUAUCAGCGAGGAGUUUAAAGAUUACUGCGUUUCAAAGGACAUCAAGUUAAUACAUACAACCCCUUAUUGGCCACAACAAAACGGCGAAGUGGAGCGGCAAAAUCGAUCCAUUUUGAAGAGGCUUACGAUUAGCCAGGCAACCAAUGCAGAUUGGGAAGAGGAACUGAUUAAGUAUUUACUGAUGUAUCGGUCCACUCCACACUCAACAACGGGAAAAACGCCAUCGGAGAUGCUUCUGGGUUACAAUAUCCGUGACAAGGUUCCAUCGAUCCAUCAACCGAAGGAAAUUGAUGAGGAAGUUGCUGAUAGGGAUAAAGAAAAAAAAGAUAAGGGUAAAACGUACGCCGAUAAGCGGCGUAAUGCCAGACCAAAUAACAUUGUUGAAGGAGAUGCAGUACUGGUAAAAAGGAUGACGAAGGCUAACAAGUUGUCAUCGAACUUUGAUCCUGAGGUAUUUAAAGUGAUUAAAAGGAAAGGCGGAGAUGUCGUGGUGGCUUCAGAAGAAUCUGGAGUUGAAUAUCGCAGGCAUGUUUCUCAUUUACAGCGCAUCAACGUUGAUAAUGAAACCUCAAUCAUCAAUCCGGAUACGAACCAGUCAUCAUCAUCACCUUCGCCGAUAACAUCAGGUAACAGCAGCGAAAAACGGACAAGAGACCCUUCAACAAGUUCUGAGCCAAGAAAUAAGAGGACAACACGACAGCCAGCAUAUUUGCAGGAUUAUAUUCACCAUGUUUAA